GAUGCGCCACAGUUGCAUGAUCAAAUCCUUCAUCCGGAUCAAUCCCAAGGCGCUCGCCGAAGAAGACCAAAUUAUCACUGCCGCUACGCUACCCAGUUCCUAUGUUGAACCGAUUUUCUCUCGUGUAAAGCGGGGAAAGAUAUCGAGAUGACAAAUGCGUCUUAUCAAUAUUCGUAUUCCAUUGGACGGGGAAUCGCACGACGAGAAGGGAACGAUAAGAGAAUAGCUCUGCUCCGAGAGGCAAUGAGCGUGUGUUAGUUCUUUGACCACGGAACGGGGGAGCAAAAAAGGGAAUAUAAACCCCCUCGUACAAUCCUACUGAUGUGGAUCGAUUCGUGUUUCUUGAGUGUCUUUAAAUUUCUUUUUUUUGGAUUUAUCAUUCAAAAUUUUUUGUGUGUGUGUGUGUGUGUGUGAGAGAGAGAGAGAUCUUGACGACUCAUCCAAUUGCUCGAAAGAUGGCUUCUGGGACAGAGAAGGAAUACACCGUCAUUGGUGCCUGGACUCGAUACUCGAGCUGGACGGCGCGCGUUACUACUCUGCUAGACUUCUACGAGAUCCCCUAUGAAGCGGUGAUCACAUCGCUCGAAGAGGCCACGAAGCUCUCCCACUCCGGCCUCGCCCCCGCUCUUACCGUCCGCUCAUUGGGAGAAGACAUCCAGGUCAAUGACUCUCUUGCCAUCCUCGAAUUCCUCGCCGAGGCUCACCCCGAUCUACCGUUUUGGCCAAAAGACCGUGCUCUCCGUGCACUAGCUCGGAGUGCUGUAGCGCGUAUGCAUUCUGGCCUGUGCCGUACAUUACAGGCUACGUGCGGUACGAACUUUUUGGGCCAAUAUACGGGGAAUGUGCCGAUCAGCGAUGAUGCCAUAGUAGAGGCGAAGAGGACUCUUGCGCUGUGGAGCCAGUUGAGGAAGAAGACAGCUGAGCGGUUGAAGGAACUGGGUCAGGACGACAAGGGCUUCUUGUUUGGCGAGUUUGGUAUUGCGGAUUCGGUGUUUUGGCCGGUGUUGUGGCGAUUCCGCUCGUAUGGGCUUCCUCUUGAUUCUGCCACUCCGGAGGCCCUUGCCUGGAUGAGGCAAAUGUGGGCGCAUCCCAAGAUGAAGGCAAUUCAGCAGGGAUAUCAUCGCCAAGGCAAACGGGCCGAGACGGCUAUACCGGCCUAUGACAAUAUCUUCAAGGAUCGUUUGGAUGUACAGUACAGUUGGUUCCCGGAAGAUUGGGAGCUCACGCCUUGAACUUCGUGGCACAAGAACAAGGUUGUAUGAUUCCCAAACGAUACAAGAUACUAGCCAUCGUGUUUGAUUUGCUUAUUUGAUAAUGUAAGUACAUACAUACACAAAUGGGCUGUAAAUCACUUCUCAAACUUCAUUAAAUGAGUGGAAUACUCUCUCCGUGGUGAUUUUCGCACAGAGCUGCCGAUCUUCGUGCUCCACUGACAUGGAGUAGCAAAAUAACGCAAUGUUUGUAAAAAGCGGUUCGAAAUGACGAUCGUGCUUGAGUCACGCCAAACAGAUCCACGGAUAUUUAUUCGUUCACAAUGCCUUCGUACACUUUGAUCGUAUCCCUAGCCGUAUUUGUUGCGCUCUGCGGGUUUGCACCCGUGACGAUCCUGCCGUCGACUUUGCAGAAGUCGUCCCAGGGGUCUUCGGGAGGAACAUAUUCGGCGUUGGCGGUCUGAGCCAUAUCGGCGAU